AAGUUCCGACAUUGCUUUAAUUCACUUUCAUUUUCACUUCAUUUGCUGAGUAACUGUCUGCGUAUUUCUUAUACGAAUAUCAUUGUCAUAUCGACUGGGAGAAAAGUCCGGAGAAAUUCUGCACGUCGAUCGAUUAACAAACGUUAACACAAUUAUCAAGAAGUUUUUUUGUGUAACCAGAUUGUCUAUAUUUUCACCUGGUUACGAUGACGUCCAUGGACAUGACCCCCGAGUCAAAGAAACAGGUUGAUGGCUUUUGCAAGAAACUGACCUUGGAGGCAGAACACCUGGUCAAAGCAUUCUUCCCACAAAAGAUGGCAGAAAUGGAUGCCCUCUUGCAGGCUUCUCUCAGUCUGGAGGACCUGACUGCGCUGAAGGCUCCCCUUGACAUCCCAAUCCCUGACCCAGCCAAAGAGGAACUCAAGAGGAAGAAGAAAGAGGAGAAAGAGGCUAAAGAAGGAAAGAAAGACAAGGACAAGGACAGUGACAAAGAGGAUGAGGAAGCUGGCCCCCCCUGUGGUCCCAUUGGCUGCAAUGAGAGAUUGGAGGCUCUGCUGAAGGAGAUUAAGCCUCACCUCCAGACCCUUAAGGAGAAACUGAACACGGUGUCGAUGUGGGUGCAGCUGCAGGUCCCCAAGAUGGAGGACGGGAAUAACUUUGGUGUAGCAGUGCAGGAGAAGGUGUUUGAGCUGCUGACCAACACUCGCACCAAGAUUGAGGGAUUGCGGGUUGUGGCUGCCGGAUCCAGAGAGAUGGCGGAUUAUGUCGUCCGGCAACUGCAGCCAAUCAGCUACGAGCGAGAUGACCAUGACCCCAGUGUCCUAUCCUGA